GAUGAGGAACACAACACAGUCCACUACAGAGAGAGAAACUAGUGUUAGUUUACUGAAUGUGGAAAUGAAAAUAUAGAAAGGGUAAAACUCAGAGAAGAAGAUAGUUGAUGUCUAAAAAUAUGUGAACGUCGUACGAGGUAAAGUCAGAACAGAUAUCAAAGAUUCAACGCCACGAGAAUCCAGUCAUAUAGCACGGAUAAAGAUUCAAUAAUGGACUCAGAAGACCGAAUAGAAAGGAUUUUUGAUAUCUACGUCAGUGCAGAGGCUGUAAGAGACAUGGAACAUAAGAAAGAGACAGAAGACUUCAACACAGAAGAACCCCGAACACCUCGACACACAGGAAGUGAUGGUGUGACGAUCUCCAGAGCAGCUGGUGUGUGUUUGGGGCUGAUGUUUGUUGUUCUGACGACUGCAGUCAUAGUGCUGUGUGUCAGCUUCACCAACCUCACUAAAGAGAGAGACCAGUUAAAAUCAGAAAUAAAUGAUCUUCAGAAGUGUUUGCCAGAUGGAUGGAAGUGUCAUCAAUCCAGUCUUUACUACUUUUCUUAUGAGAUGAAGAACUGGGAUGAGAGCAGAAGAUACUGUAGAGAGAGAGGAACAGAUCUGAUCAUCAUCAACAAUGGACAGGAACAUGAUUUUGUGAAGAAUAUUUGUGGUUCUGAUCAUUUCUGGAUUGGUUUGACUGAUGUUGAAGUGGAGGGCAGAUGGAAAUGGGUUGAUGGCAGCACACUGACCUAUAGGUUCUGGGCGUCUGGAGAACCAAACAACUAUCAGGGAAAUGAAGACUGUGCUGUUAUUGAUUCAUCAGAAUGGUUUGAUACUAAAUGUGAUAAUCGGGCUAAAUGGAUCUGUGAGAAGAAGUAUGCUUAAAUAGUACAUAUUAUAAUACAAAUGUACAUAUAUGCAUUAUAAACAAAUAAAUAUGACAGUAAUUUUACCUGUUUAUUUAUAUUUUUUUUUGAAUGGCACAUUAAUUAGGUUAUUCUGUAAAAACAAAUAAAAAAUAAAUAUAAAAAAAAAACAUUGUAAUAUAAAAAUUUUCAUAUCUAACUUUUUAAAAUCAUUUUGUUUAGAAUUUUUAGAUAUGAACUAAAAUCUGAAUGUGAAAAACAACAGUGAUGUUUCUACAGACUGAAAUACACUAAUAUAAUUGUGUAUUGUAUGGUGUAUUACUCAGUGCAUCAGUAAAGUUUGAUUUGAAAUGUGA